AUGUCUUCCCCUGCGUCUCCUGACGUGCUGGAGCACAGCCCACUCUUGAAGAUUGAAACCACGCCGCCAGACUCAUCUGUGCGUGCCGAGCUUGCCUACCUUGUGCGCAACGCGCUGCCGACGCUGCUGGUGUUCCAGGUGCAGUUUGCGCUGCUCAUGGCCGCGCCACUCUACUUUGCCGGCCGCCAGAGCACCGCCGUGUUCUCUGCUGCAUCGCUGGCACUGACGUUCUACUACGUGUCGGGCCCUGUCGUGGUGUUUGGCUUUUGUACAGCCAUGGACACGCUGUGCGCGACUGCGUAUGGCGCACGCGACUAUACGGCCGUUGGGCGACACUACCAGCAGUGCACGCUGGUGUUGCUUGCGGGCUGCGUGCCUGUCGGAUUACUGUGGGCGUUCCCGCAGCGGGCACUGAUAGGUGUGGAAGCGGACCUGCGCGCCGAUGCUGCUGCGUUCCUGCGCGUGCUGGUUUUUGCUGCACCAGCCGUCGUGUUGUUCGAGACGUCUAAACGGUUCCUCCAAACACAGGGCCGCUACGCUGCCCCAACGUAUGCACUGCUCGCUGCCUUGGGCCCGGCUCUGCUGCUGCACUAUGCCGGCCGCAACGCUCCACUGGGUGCUGCAUGGGCCCUUGUGGGUACCUAUUGGCUGCUGGCUGCGUGUAUAGCUGUGCAGCUGUACCGACACCCGGAGUGCUGGACGCCGCUGUCGUGGGAAGUGUUGCACGACGUGGGCCCGUUAUUGGCCCUUGGGGGCCCUGGCAUCAUCAUGGUGCUAGCAGAGAGCUUUGCGUUCCGUGUGAUCACGUUUUUGUCCGCACAGUUCGGCGAGGCGUCUCUGGCUGCACAAACAAUAGUGACCACGAUCUCGUCGUUCUCGUUCCAGCUGGCGUUCUCGAUUGGUAUCUGCAGUUCUGUGAGGCUGGCGAACUACGUGGGCCAGCGGUCUCAAAACUACUUAGUGGUCGUGCGGGCAGCAUCCAUUGUUGCCGCUUUCCUGUCGCUGUCCAACUGUCUGCUCAUGCUGACUCUGCGCAAAUGGCUGCCUCUGAUUUUCACUAGCGACCCUGAGGUGAUUGCCGAGGCACGGAAGCUGUUCGUAGUAGUUGCGCUCAACGAGCUUGGCGACACGGGGAAUGCGAUUUUUUCGUGUCUGCUGCGUGGCCAGGGACGGCAGAGAGUGUGCUCUGUGCUGAAUCUGUGUGCGUACUACAUCCUGGCAGUGCCGUUAGAGCUGCUGUUUGCAUUUGGGAUGGGGUGUGGUGCGCUUGGACUGUGGUACGGCGUGGUUAUCGGGGUGUGCACGAUGGCGGCAGCGGAGGCUGUGCUAGUUCACCGAACUGACUGGCAGAGGGUGCUUAGAGAGAGAUGGGAAGUAGCCAGUCGCUAA